AUGCCUCCACAAGCUCCAACAGCUGCACAGGACGGGCCUGAAAAGGAGCAACGGAAACCCGUCCGCCGCGACCCCGAAAGGAGGCGGCAGCAAAAUGUCCAAGCACAGAAGAAAUACAGUAAGCAUCGCUUCUGGGAGAAUGAAGAUCCUUGUUAUGGGCCCCAGAGCCUCCUGUAUUGUGAGUAA